AGGCGAUACUGGUCUGGCGGUCUGGCUGCUGAUUGGGUUUAAACAUUUAAGUAUUUAACCUCGUGUUUAUACUAAAACAAAAUUACUUAUUUAAUAAUUUAGUAUUUGAUAUUUAUACAGUACGGGCAGUACGGCACUUUGAGCAACGGUUUUACCUUAAAUAAGUAUAUUAAAAUAUAAACUUCAAAAACGCUUAACAGCUAAAUAUAUUGACAAUUUUUGACUUAAGUUGAAAAUUAUUUUUAUUAAUUGUAUUUUCGUGGAUCUAAUUUUUCGAUCACAAAUUCGCGCCCACUUUUAACGUGGAAAUUCGUGAUUAAGUAUUAAUUCAAAGUCGUUUUUUGUAAGCUUAUCGCAUAUUAGUUUUAAAAUCUUCGUUCAUCGUUUUUGCAGUCGUCUAUAACAGCGAUGAGUACCUCCGACGUCAAAGUAGAAUUUCCAGUUGAAGUGAAAACUGAAAACGAAACUGUUGUUCCUCCUGUAGUCAAUAUACCUCCAAACCUCGAGCAAAACAUUGUAAAGCAACUUGGAUUUUACUUCAGUGACACUAAUCUUCCUUAUGAUAAGUUCCUACAAAAUGAGAUUAAAAAUGAUGAUGGUUGGGUGAAAAUUGACGUGCUAUUGACAUUCAAAAGAUUAGCAUCUCUGUCCAAGGACCCAGCAGUUAUUGCACAGGCCGUUAAAAAUGCCACUGACAGCAUUUUGGAAGUCUCAGAAUCUGGCGAUAAGAUCAGGCGCAAGGCAGAUAGUGUUGUGCCAGUAGCUGAUCAAGAGUUCUUAAACGAAAUGAUUGCACGGUCUAUUUACUGCAAAGGUUUCCCAAAAACAGCUACUAUGGAUGAACUAUUGGAAUUCGCUUCAACAUUUGGAGAUAAAAUCAUAACAAAAGUCACACCUCGAAGACUCAAAACUAAAGAAUUCAAAGGUACUCUGUACUUUACAUUUAGUACCAAAGAAGAAGCUGAGAAGUUUUUGAAACUAGAAUCUGUUAAAUACAAAGAUGUUGAACUGGAACGCAAAUGGGAAAAAGAUUUUCUUGAAGAGAAGAAAAAAGAAUAUGAAGACAAACUUGCUAAGAAAGAUCAGAAAAUAAAAGCAGAGACUGAAAAAUAUUUUAAAAAAGGAUUUUUACUUAAAGUUGAUAACGUGGAUGAAUCCGUUACAGUUGAAAGUAUCAAAACUAUUUGCUCUGGAUUUGAAUGGCAAGUAGCCUUUGUGAAAAUAGUUGAAGCUGAAAAAUUAGCUUGGAUUCGAUUGAAGCCUGUAAAAGCUGCCAAAGAUCUGUUGGAGGAGGUUGCUGAAAAAGUGAAUGAUCUGAAUAUCAAGUUCUCAAUACCAGAUGAGGAGGUUGAACAAACAGUGUUGAAUGAAAUGACUAAGGAAAUGAAAGGUGUUCUCAACAUGAAAGACAAAAUGAAAAGGGAAAAGAACAGGAAUAAGGGAGGAAAAAGGUAUAACAAGCGGAAAAACGAUGAUGGAAAUUCUAAUAAUAAACGAUUCAAAGCCAAUGGAAAUUAAUUUAGUUAUUUAUUGUUUAUUUUUUUUUUAUACAAUAAGGACCUAAACAUGUUUAUCUUUGUAAACUAAUAUUAAAGAUAACCUAUUAUAAUCAUUAAAA